UUUUUUUUUUGUGAAAGUCUUCGUCUUCUAAGCGGCUCUCUCCCAUCGUUCGGCGACACUCUGUUCAUCAGAAAUCCCUCAUCGUCUCUAUCCCCCAAUCUUUCGCUUAAUCUUGCCGGCCGUCCACAAUCAAUCUCGCCGGCCGUCCAGAAAACAAAAGCUGUAUCGCAGUUGCUGUCCCUGUCCGGGUCUCUCUCGCCGUCUCGCUCGACCCAAUCUCUCGCUCAAUCUCGCGCUCUCCGUCUCUCUCGACGCAAUCUCUCCCUCAAUCUCGCCGGCCGUGGGGCGUUGCAUUCGUCUACCCAAGCAACUUCGCAGCCGCGGAUUCGUGGAUUCAUGUGCGUAAGAUAUAUAUUUUGCCUUUGCCCAACCUGUACUGCGAUGACCCUUCUUUUCCUUUUCCAAAGAGAUAUCUAUGCAAUUGCUAACUAAUUAGAGUGGUUUAUGUGUUUUUGUCCUUGAUGACUGGCCAUCCGUACCAAUUUCCAUUGCUAAAGCCAACAUUUGACCAAGACUCCAAGUCCUGAAGACCUUGGAGAAGCAACCUUAACUGGGUUGAAAAGGAAACAGGCUGCUGGUGACCUUGACGAUGAGAAGUAGUAUUGCUGCAACUUCAUGCAGUUAAGGGCCACAUUGUCAUGCUUCUGUUUAGCAGUUUGCUUUUAUCUACAGAGUGUUUAGUAUUAUCUUUCAUUCAGGUUUAUAUUGAACGUCUAUUUCUAGGUUGAUUCCCUUUUGGAUUGUCCUUUAUUGUUCAAUUUGAGUUGUGGACAGUAUGCAGGUUGUUUGCCUGACCAGGCUUGCUGCAUUUUUUAGAUAGUUUGAUAGAUGGUGUUAUGAAUAAAAUACUGUUGCCAAGGUUCUGCUGCUUAUUGAUUCCAGAUUGGCUGUGCUUUAAAACUUCCUCCUACUACUUAAACAACACACUUGGUCUGCU